GUCAGGACAAUCCUAUUUCUCAGUUCAAACGUGUCUUUGCAAAGAGACACUAAGGAUCGGAUCAUAUCAUCAUGGGGGCUGUUUGUUUGGUGUGGCACUUUUGUUUGUUUUUGCUCUUGUUAAACAGUUGUGAAAGCUCUGCAAGUGCAGGAAUUCGAGACAUUGAUGAGUGCACAGAAGGAACUGAUGUCUGCCAUGUCAAUGCAGUCUGUCAGAAUACACAGAUGUCAUAUAAGUGCUCAUGCAAGGCAGGCUAUAAGGGAAAUGGAAAGCAAUGUGAAGACAUUGAUGAAUGCCACAGAGAAUAUAACGGAGGCUGCGUCCAUGAAUGCAUCAACAUUCCAGGAAACUAUCGUUGCACUUGCUAUGAUGGCUUCAUGUUGGCACACGAUGGACAUAAUUGUUUGGAUGUUGAUGAGUGCAGUUUUAACAAUGGUGGCUGCCAACACACUUGUCUAAACACAAUGGGUAGUUAUGAAUGUCAGUGUAAAGAAGGAUUCUUCCUGAGCGACAACCAGCAUACUUGUAUUCACCGUUCAGAAGGAGGAAUGAGCUGCAUGAACAAAGACCACGGAUGCGCCCAUAUCUGUAGAGAAACACCAAACGGAGGAGUAGCAUGUAAAUGUAGGCCUGGUUUUGAACUAGCCAGGAAUCAGAGAGGAUGCAUAUUAACAUGCAAUCAUGGAAAUGGUGGGUGUCAUCAUACCUGUGAUGAUACAGAUGAUGGACCUGUUUGUGGCUGCCAUCAAAAGUACGCCUUGCUGUCUAAUGGGAAAAUCUGUAUUGAAAAGGCUGAGGCUGCAAUUGACAACUCUGAAUACAAUGCCACGUCAGUAACUGAUGUGGACAAGCGGGUGAAACGCCGACUGCUAAUGGAGACAUGUGCUAUUAAUAAUGGAGGAUGUGAUCGUACCUGUAAAGACACCUCUACUGGUGUUAGGUGCAGUUGUCCUGUUGGAUUCACACUGCAACCAGAUGGGAAAACUUGUAAAGAUAUUGAUGAAUGCCUGAUCAGUAAUGGUGAUUGUGAUCACUUCUGUAAGAAUACCAUUGGCAGUUUUGACUGCAAUUGCAAGAAAGGCUACAAGCUUUUAACAGAUGAAAGAACCUGCCAAGAUAUUGAUGAAUGCUUCUUUGACAGAGCAUGUGAUCACAUUUGUGUCAACUACCCAGGAUAUUUUGAGUGCAUUUGUAAGAAAGGAUAUACCUUGUAUGGACUAACGCAUUGUGGAGAUUUUGAUGAGUGCAGCAUCAACAAUGGGGGCUGUGAACACAGAUGUGUAAACACAGUGGGAAGUUACGAGUGCCAUUGUCAACCAGGUUAUAAAUUACAUUGGAAUAAGAAAGACUGUGUUGAAGCAGAGAAGCUCCUACCGGGGAAAGUGUCAGCCAAAGCCCUGCUUAACUGCAGUAAAAGAGGUGGAGCUGAUAUGUGUUCUUUGAGCUGCCUAUCAAAUGUGCAUUUUGCUGCUGAGUCUGAGGAUUCUUACACAUUUAGAUGUGGCAUGUCUUCUCAAUGUCAACACCUUGGGCAGAAUAUAAAAAAUGCUACACACUGUGCAGGACUGAACGUCACAAAGCUGCCAACAAUAAAGACAACAGCAACUUUUAAACUUAACACAGGAAGAUGUGAGUUGAGAGGAAUCAAAGAGAAGCUUAAGUAUAGUCUGCAGCAGGUCUCUACAGAAAAGUCUAACAUUCCUAGUACAAAGAACUGUCAGCUGAAUUUUGUAAAUGUGAAGUGCAGUUCCUCCAAGAAAAGUCAUGACCAGUGGAAUCACAAGGAAAUGAGAAAUGAGGGCUCAGUCAUUUCUGCUGUUUUUGAGGUUGAAAUGAAACCAGAGGAGGUGACAGAAACCUGUGAUUUUGGGUGCAUACGACGGAAAACUGAGAAGAGGCUUCGAAAAACGACAAGAACACUGAGGAAAUCAAUCAACAGGGAGCAGUUCUACCUCCGCGUAGCUGGAACAGAAUAUGAGGUGGCUAAGAAAACAGCAAAAGCAACGGAUUUGCAGGAGUCAUGUGCACCAGGCCAGGUUUCUCAGAAUAACAGAUGUGUUAGUUGUAGCGCUGGCACGUACUAUGAUGGCGAACAGGAGAGGUGUAUAUUAUGUCCUGCUGGUACCUAUCAAGACGAAGAAGGACAGCUUUCUUGUGAGCCUUGCCCAAACCCUGAAAGCCAAGGAAACCAAAGGUCAACUGGAGCUCGUAAUGUUUCAGAAUGUGGAGGACAGUGUCAGGAAGGAGAAUUUUCAACGGAUGGGUUCAGGCCAUGCCAACCAUGUCCUUUAGGAACAUACCAGCCAGAAAUUGGACGAACUUCUUGUUUUUCCUGUGGUGGAGGUUUAACUACUAAACAUGAAGGAUCAGCAACAUUUCAGGAUUGUGAAACUAAAGUUCAGUGUUCGGCUGGCCAUUUUUAUGAUACAAACACACACAAAUGCAUUCGAUGUCCAGUGGGGUUGUACCAGCCAGAGUUUGGGCAAAAUCACUGCAUUGCUUGUCCUGGAAAUACCACCACAGAUUUUGAUGGAUCAACUAAUAUUACUCAAUGUAAAAACAGACAAUGCGGUGGAGAGCUUGGAGAUUAUACUGGAUAUAUUGAGUCUCCAAAUUACCCUGGUGACUACCCUGCAAACGUUGAGUGUACCUGGAAUUUAAGUCCACCUCCAAAACGGCGUAUUCUCAUUGUUGUACCAGAAAUAUUCCUGCCGAUUGAUGAUGAGUGUGGAGACUACUUAGUCAUGAGAAAGAGCUCUUUGUCCAAUUCAGUGACAACCUAUGAAACAUGUCAGACAUAUGAGCGCCCCAUUGCAUUCACCUCAAGAUCAAGGAAACUAUGGAUUCAGUUCAAGUCCAAUGAAGGGAAUAGUGGCAAAGGAUUUCAGGUUCCAUACGUUACAUAUGAUGAGGAUUACCAAGAACUGAUUGAAGAUAUAGUUCGAGAUGGUCGCUUGUAUGCCUCUGAGAAUCAUCAAGAAAUACUAAAGGACAAGAAACUCAUCAAGGCCCUAUUUGACGUUUUAGCUCAUCCACAGAAUUACUUUAAAUACACAGCCCAAGAAUCCAGGGAAAUGUUCCCCAGGUCAUUUAUUCGACUGUUGCGCUCAAAGGUUUCCAGAUUUCUGCGGCCAUACAAAUAGCUGGGAAUUUCUUUAUUUCCCUUGAACUCUGGUAUUUUAUAAGCAGACUAUAAAAUGUUUCAUUUAAUUUGUUUGACUUCAGUUUGCAUGUACUCAUUUACAUAGGGAACAUAAUGUUCUGAUGUCCCAUCUCAUUGCACUCUGUUAAGUACUCAAAAUAUUGGACCCUGAAAACAUUAAUGGUGAGUUGGGAAUAGUACGGUUAUUAAGGAACAAACUCGAUAUAAUUUCUUUUCCUUAAUUUAUAUUAAAACAAGUUAUCGUACUUACACACAGAACCUAGCCUUUUUUUUAAAUGAGAUAAUAUUGUUGCAGAUUAAUGCUAUAGGAACAUCCAACAUGCGACCAGUGGCUGGCAAAGCUCAUGAUAGGCAAUAUAAGAACAUAUUAUUGUUGCUCAUUAGAACUAUAAAUCCCUUAACCACUUGGGUUCUUUUCCUUACGUGAAAACAAAAACCGUAUGGAAGCAAUGAAAAACAUACAUAGUAAGCUUAUGUAUGUACUAGAUAAAGGUACAGGUAUGUCGCUUCCCGAGUUUCUCUGUUUAGCGGACGAUUUCCCUCUACGUCUCUCUGACGUAGUGGGGGAAUCGUGUAUGAGGCAAGUUACAACAGUGGUUUCCCAUUGCCUUCUGCCGGCUGAGUUUCCAAAGAGAUCACCAGCUCGUAACCCAGCACCGAUGGAAAGCGUGCGGGGGAGCCGGCUGGAUUCGAACUCUGGACCUUUUGUCCCGAAGUCCAGCACUGAUGCCACUACACCACCAGCUGGGUCUAUGUGCUAGAUACUGUGUGAAAUUAGCAAACCAUCAAAAUGCCUUGGCUGAUCCAUACCGUCAUACUGACAAAUUUGCUUGUCCUUUUGAAAUUUGGUGGUUUUAUCCUAUGAACUAUGAGCAUUUUUAAUCUCUGCUGUUAUAAUGUUAAAAUAAGAUGUAAUAGCCCUUAAUCCACAUUGUUCAGCAUUUUAUAAUUUAUCAGCUCCUUAUCUCUGCUUUUCAAUGCUAUCAUUCAUUGGACAUAUCAUACCAAUUGGGUUACUGGGCUUCACAAUGGCUCUCUGUAUCUUUAUUCUUACAUGUGGCAAUGAAAAUGCUUGCCCUUGGAUUUCCAGUGUUUAUAUUCCAUAAUGUUUUUAGUGUAAGUUUCUUUUAAAUAGCAGCAUUCUAGUGUAAUGUUGUAUUCAUAUCCUGUUAUUUUUUUAGUUGGAUAUUAAUUGUCUUGAACAUAUUUGUUAAAGCAAAGCAUUAAAGGUAGAUCAGUUCUACCAUCCCUCCAAAACACAUAUAGGAAAAUGAUCUAGUCAAUGCAGAGUGUCAUUUAUAUACUGAUUGGUAGUCAUAUCUCAGUGAGAGAACAUUGACGCAAAGUUAUAAUUAUCCCAUCCGAAGGUAGAUGGUUUCCUGUUCACCAUAAAUAGGUUACCCUCAAACCACCAAACAAUGUGAUAAAAAUGUCUGUGUCACAUGUUUUUAGGCACCUGAAGCAUAUUAUGGAAAGCACUAUAAGGCACAUGUUGCUCUAGUUUAGCAGUUCUCGUCGCGAAACUGCAAUGUAGCAAAAGCAAAAUUCAAAGUUUAUUGGGUAAAAUACUCAAAGGGCUUCAUCAGAAUAGUAUGAUCAAUCUGACUGUAGCACUGAACUACAUCAGGAAAAGCCAGGACAGGUGGUUAAAGAAAUGGAUUUUAAGCCAAGUUUUAAAGAAAUUCAAUUGAAUUUUGAGAAGUUGUUACACAGACAACCUGUAAAUUCUAGACAUACUAUUCACUGUGUAGAAGGGAGUCAUUAUGUGCAGACUUGUGGUAAAUGAGUAUUUGUCAAGGAGAACUUUAAAACAUUUUCAUGUCCAACCCCGCCUCCCCAGAUAAUAACUUUCAUUGCCCCCUGCUUUAAACGUCCAAAAGCAAUUUUCAAGUAUGUUAUCAGACAAAAAGACACCAUGUCAAGAAGCAUACAUUAGACCAAAUGUUCAGUAAAUGGAAAAUUUUGAAUAGCUUCUUGUAGAGAAAAUGAUAAGGCGAAGAAUGGUAAGGAAAAUCUAAACUUGGGUUCCUAGGCAGUUCAGCACCUGGCUGCCAGAGAUGGAUGGGAUGACUUAACUCCAAAUACACUGGCAAUUCAGCCAUCACUUUGCUGAUGAGGGAAAUUAAAUUUAUAUCAGUGGAUGGAAAACUGCAGCGAUAUUUAUUGAGUCAGAGUGAUCCCAGCUGAUCAAAGUAGCUCUGUUUAAACUAUUUCCCACAGGUCUUACCAUUCAAUUAAUGACUAAAUAGCAUAGGUUAAAAAUACUGAUUUAAGAAAAUGCAUUGUACUACAAAAUUCAAGAUUCCUUCUUCUUUUCGAUGACUUAAUUUGAAGUUUAUGCUCAAUGUAGAUUUAUCUCAUCUGCCCUAGAUUGGAAUAGGCAUUGAUGUCUACUUGCGCUUUUAAACAGUUAUUGUAAAUUAUGUAUAAAUUUGCCAAAUGUUUGUCCUACAAAUUUUAAUAUUAACUUUAAUAGGAAAUACAAAUGUUUACCCUUAAGUGGUUGAAUUGGUGUUUAUUAUGUAGUGUGCUUUGAUAAGUUUGAAAAUGUCAGGUCUCUUUAUUGUACCUGUUUCAGUGUAUAGAGGGCAUCGCCAUACACGGCACAUGAUAGCACAGGUGCCAUCUUAAUUUUAUCUCACAUAUCACUGUCUCUCAGCUCAUUUCCACAUGAUUUCUUAUAUGUGACCCACUCAUUGAAUUAAAAUUUAAGAGCAGCAUUAUCGCCUUACGGUAUCUGUUUCAAAUGCACUAGAGGGUAGCCAGCAAGUUAAACCCACAAACAAACUUAUAUUGAGACAUGUUUCAUUUUGCUACAGUAUGCUGACUACAAUCAGAAAACUGGACAGCCACUCGACAGACAGACUGACCGACUUACUGAGGUCUUGUCUCUUCUCUCCAAACAUUAUCGGCAAGUAGACAGAAGGAGCAGUUGCUCACACGAUGCAACUGUUAAACUAGGCCUGAACUAGCAUGACAGUAGUUAUAUUUAUUGCAGCGUUUCGUUAAUUAUAGUCAAUUCAUCAACAUUGUCUCGAGUAUUUCAGCAGAGCUAAACACCGGACAAAUCAUGUUUUUGAAAUGAUUCACUGGACUGUGAAAAUAUCGAUUUCAUAUUUGAUUUUUAUUGUUCCAAAUGUGAGAUGACACUGCCAAUACGGUGAUCAUAGUAAUGUUAUUUGAAAGCAUAAAGCGCAAGAAAUAUAAAGCUUGGCAUUUUAUGUUAUAUCAUUGGCAUUUUCACAAUCUAACUUACUUUGAAAUUAAUUCAGUUUCAAUGCCAUUUUCACUUUUGAUGUGAAUUUCCUGAGAAUUUCAUGUGUAAAUGCUUGAGAAUUAAACUAUUAUAAGCAAGUGAAAAUCAGCCUAAACAGCAACUACAUGGAAAAGUUUGAA